GCAGCGCCAUUAUUUGGGGUCUGCCUAGGACUGGCACCAGGGUGGCAGCAGAUGGUGACACGUGCAGACACCUGGAGCAGAACCUCAGGCUGUGAUGCUGCCCGUGUGACUACAGCGCUGCGGUGCGCCGGGCACUGGCCGCUGGUGGUUGCCGUGCGUCACGCUGAGGCCCGGCCUCUCUCUCUCCGCCUCCUCCUCACGAAGCUUCGCAGCAGCAGCAGCCAGGCAGACUCACAACAACAAAGGAGAGACUAGUAUCCCAGCCGCUGCUCGCUGACAGCCCCGAACCCGCAGCCCGCUGACAGCCCCGAACCCGCAGCCGCUGCCUCCCCUGUGGGGUGCUGAGAGCAGACAUGGUGAAACUAGCCUUUAACUCGGCGCUGACACAGAAGGAAGCCAAGAAGGAGGAUGAGAACAGCGAGGUGCUGAUUAUCCCCGAGAACAAGGAGGUGGAAGAAGUGGUGCCACUCGGACAGAGACGUGCCUGCUGCUGGUGCAUGUGUUUUGGAUUGGCCUUUAUGCUGGCUGGUAUCGUGCUGGGUGGAGCUUACCUUUAUAGAUAUUUUGUUUCACAGCAGCUUAGAGCAGGAACACAGCAUCUGGCCCCGUUUGAAGAGCGCGGCGUCUACUUCUGUGGAAUAAAGUACACUGAGGAUGAUAUGACACUUGCUGAGCCUUAUGGAGACUCCCGCAUUCGCUAUCACUCCUUUAAAGAGAGAAUUCAGAUCCUGGAAGAUGAAGAGGUUGAACUGAUCAAUGUACCUGUCCCUGAAUUUGCUGACAGCGAUCCUGCUGACAUUGUGCAUGACUUUCACAGGAAACUCACUGCUUACCUUGAUCUCAGCUUGAACAAGUGCUAUGUUAUACCAUUGAACACCUCGAUUGUUAUGCCACCAAAGAAUUUCUUGGAGCUGCUUAUAAACAUUAAGGCUGGAACAUACCUUCCACAGUCCUAUUUAAUACAUGAGCAGAUGGUGGUUACUGAUCGCAUUGAGAAUGUAGACCAACUGGGUGUCUUUAUCCGCCGCCUUUGUCAGGAUAAGGAGACCUACAAACUCCAGCGCAGAGAACCAGUGCGAGGAAAGCAAAAACGAGAAGCCGGGCAGUGCUCAGACAUUUUUCACUUUGAAAACGUGUAUGCGGUGAAGACAACAAUUUGCGCCUUUUAAAGGAGUCCUGUGAAUACAUUGUCAGCCAUUUAUCAACAGUAUAGCCCUGCCCUUUUGUUGUGUGUAGUCAUUAUUUUAAGGAAGGGUUUUGUUAUUAGUGGCCAGACCUUUGCACAACAUAUUCACUUUUGAUCUCAGUUGAUUUUAAUCAUUUGUUUUAGUUUGUUGUUGUUGGUUUUUUUUUUUUAAUCUUCUGCCUUCAUAUUUCAGCUACUAAGUAUGGUAUUUUAUAUUUAUAACAUAAGGAAUUAGUCCUUUAAUAAGAAAAGUAUGACCAACUUUCAUUCCUGCUGAUUUAGUGUAUAGCUUUUUAAACCUGUAUACAUGGAAAUGUCACUGCAUUUAUGUACUGUACUAUUACACCAUGAUCCCCCCCCCCCCAGUUAAACAAGCUAAACAAAGUAUUUGCACUCAUUUGCAUUUGAAAGCCUGUUUAAUAGUGCAUGUUCCGGCACCUAAAAUAUCUAAUCUAGUACUUUAGGAACCACUGUAAACAGGUUUUCAGAAGAACUCAGGACUGAAUCUAGACUGUCAUCGCUAGAACAAUAAGGAUAAAGAAAAUCCUAGUUCUUUUUCAAACCUGGGGCAUGGUGGCUAUCUUGAACCAUAUCUCCCAGUUGACAGUGCUUGCUGUAGCUUGGAAUUUAUUAGCUUUACACCUAUAGGCUGCCUCACUGUUCUCCAUACAUAUUUUCACCAUUAAGAGAAGAUGGCAGUGGAAGAGAGCAGAGUGUAGGAGAUUCACUGCAGCAUCAGAAACAAGACUUUGUGAUGUAACAAUGACACCUACUGAGUCUUUUGUUAAUCCUUAGUUAUAAACAAAGGUUAUAAAUAAGCCUACUAUUUCAGACAGGUUACUUAGCAUUUACAUUUAGUUUCGCUGCUAAAUUGUGCAUUUGUGAAAGUCUAUAUAAACGUUUUAUGAGCUGUCUAUAAUAGCUGGGCAUAUACUGCAGAGGGCAUCCCUGCAGAAUGUAUCUUUUCACAUAGUUUGAUUAACCCUUUGGCGUGCAGAGCACAUAUAUUAUAGAGAUCAUGGUGGGUGACUCUCACUUAUCAUACAGACUUACGUGUUUGUUUUUGAGGAUUUUUGUUUAACAUUUAAAUAUGAUAUGGGAUCCAUAGCACUUAUGUUUUCACUGGAUAUUACAUUGCAUGUAAAUAUUUAGGACUCUGUCCCUCUACAGAUAGGCACAAAAUGUAGUUUUGGGAGCAUCUGUGUACAUACAUACAUACAUGCAUUCGGGUAUAUAUUCUGGAUAUAGGGCCUAAUUCUGAGUUGAUCGCAGCAGCAAGUUUGUUAGCAAUUGGGAAAAACCAUGUGCACUGCAGGGGGGAUAAAUAUAAAACGUGCAGAGAGAGUUAGAUUUGGGUGGGGUGUAUUCAAACUGAAAUCUUAAUUGCAGUGUAAAAAUAAAGCAGCCAGUAUUUACCCUGCACAGAAACAAUAUAACCCACCCAAAUCUAACUCUCUCUGCAAAUGUUAUAUCUGCCCCCCCUGCAGUGCACAUGGUUUUGCCCAAUUGCUAACAAACUUAAUGCUGCGAUCAACUCAGAAUUACCCCCAUAGUAUCUACAAAUAAACAUGAAGGAAUAUCUUCAUGUGGGUAAGUAUCCUGACCUUCAGCUCUAUUCCAUUGAGGAUAAAUAUUUGCAGCUGUGCAUUUCCAACUACUAAAAAUGAAAUCCUUUGUUUAAAACUUUUUUCUUAAAUCUGUUUUUAACUUUAACUCUGGUUAAUGGUUUGGUAUGCCCUCUUAAUAUUAAAACAGGAGUGUCAAUAAACAACUAGAUGGUAACAUGUGUUACUAAUUUGUAUAUAAUCGUACUUGUAAAAGAAUAAAGCUUAAAUCACCUGUUUAA